AGCGAUGAGAGGGGGAGAGAGCGCGUCGGGUGUCACAAACAGCGAGAUCAUGCGAGCUGCUUUCUUCCUCUACCACCCCAUUGCGCGGAGCGCGCUUGAGCCAGCCCUGUCUGUUUAAACCGGGAGGACACCCAUACCGACUUCUCAAUGCAAAAAACAAAAGUGUAGCUAGAAGCAGGGGCGAGGGGAACCGGAGGUGUGAGUAGAAAGCGAAUGCUCUCGGUCCGUCUCUCCAUUUUAUUACAUGAAUGAAUGAAUUAUUGAAUAGUAGGGCACACGUAGAGGGAAACGCGCCUCCGCCUGGACGACCAAACGCCGACGCCUUUGAUAUUUGACUUCUGUUCAAUGGUACGCGUUUGUAUCCGUGCAUUUUGGGCUCGGUUGAAACGACAGUGAGGAUCUGUGUCACGUCUCAUCCCCGUCAUCUAAAACACUUGUAAGUGAGAAGAUUUUGCGCGAACCGCUGCUGCUGUCUGAAACUCCUCGCCGUGAAGAUGGCAACUUUAACGAACGGACAGGUGGACGGCACCAUGCACGGCGUAGCGGCCAGUACGAACGGGCUCGUGAACGGAAUAAGCCACAGUCACAGUCCCGCGAGCUGCGCCACUAUUCCCAUGAAGGACCACGAUGCCAUCAAACUGUUCAUCGGACAGAUACCACGCAACCUGGACGAGAAGGACCUCCGGCCGCUCUUCGAGGAAUUUGGCAAGAUCUACGAGCUCACCGUGCUGAAAGACCGUUUCACUGGCAUGCACAAAGGCUGUGCCUUCCUCACAUACUGUGCAAGAGAAUCAGCGCUAAAAGCUCAGACGGCACUUCACGAGCAGAAGACGCUACCUGGGAUGAACAGGCCGAUCCAGGUGAAACCAGCCGACAGUGAGAGCAGGGGAGAAGACAGAAAGCUGUUCGUGGGCAUGCUAAACAAACAGCAGUGCGAGGACGAUGUGCGACGUCUUUUCGAGUCAUUUGGCAGUAUCGAGGAGUGCACCAUCCUUAGAGGUCCUGACGGAAAUAGCAAAGGUUGUGCGUUUGUGAAAUACUCCACUCAUGCGGAAGCACAGGCCGCUAUUAGUGCUUUACACGGCAGCCAAACCAUGCCUGGCGCUUCCUCCAGCCUGGUGGUGAAGUUUGCAGACACAGAUAAGGAACGGACUAUUCGACGUAUGCAGCAGAUGGCUGGUCAGAUGGGCAUCUUCAAUCCGAUGGCCCUGCAGUUUGGAGCGUACGGUGCCUAUGCACAGGUCCAGCAGCAAGCCGCACUGAUGGCAUCAGUAGGUCAGGGUGGAUAUCUCAGCCCUAUGGCCGCUUUUGCUGCCGCACAAAUGCAGCACAUGGCCACCAUCAACGGCCUCCCAGGAGCACCCAUGACCCCAACAUCGGGUGGGAGUACGCCCCCUGGCAUCACAGCACCCACGGUGACCAGCAUUCCAUCUCCAAUCAGUGUCAACGGUUUUACAGGACUGCCACCUCCUCAAGCCAAUGGCCAACCUCCAGCAGAGGCCAUGUUUACCAAUGGAAUCCAUCCUUAUCCAGUUUUACAGGAGGUGGUCUUUAGGGAAGACUCGGAGAAGGGCGGCCUGGGCGUGGCACAGAGGAGUUGUUUUGGGGUGCAGGGAAGCUGUUUCCUGUCGUCGCUUUCAGAAGCUCAGAGUCCCACUGCAGCUGAUCCCCUUCAGCAGGCCUAUGCAGGAGUCCAACAGUAUGCAGCAGCCUUCCCCGCCGCAUACGGACAGAUCAGCCAGGCUUUUCCCCAGCCACCUCCCAUAAUUCCACAGCAACAGAGAGAAGGGCCGGAGGGCUGUAACCUGUUUAUUUAUCACCUGCCUCAGGAGUUUGGGGACGGCGAGCUGAUGCAGAUGUUCCUGCCUUUCGGUAAUGUCAUCUCCUCCAAAGUGUUUGUGGAUCGGGCGACAAACCAAAGUAAAUGCUUUGGCUUUGUGAGCUUUGAUAACCCGGGCAGCGCCCAGGCCGCCAUCCAGUCCAUGAACGGCUUUCAGAUCGGCAUGAAGAGACUCAAAGUGCAGCUCAAAAGGCCAAAGGAUGCCAACCGCCCAUAUUAGCCCCGCCCCCUUGCCCCAGCCACCCCUGACCCUGGGGGUGAAGGCCGCCGCUGCGCACAGGGAAUAACAGGUUUUGUAGAGUUGGAACACAUGUUGAUAACAUGCAAAAUGUAAUUGAAAUCUAUGAAAACACAACGGAUUCAGAUCAUCAGGGCUGGGGAUACGACAAUGCUGAAGCGGAUCAUGAGGAGAACACAGCCGCAUGACACAACACCACCACAACCACCACCGGGCUCAACGGACCUUAGAAUUAAACUCAGGGGAGCCGCGGAGUAACUGGACCAUACCGUACUCCCUUCUCUGAACCCCAUGCCCUUGUAUUGCAGGACCACAGGAUGAACAACUGAAGAAGACCAACACAAAAAAUAUAAAAAAAAAAAGAAAACAAGCCCUCAGAAGACACUGAAUCGAAUACAUACUGUAGUAAGAAAAAACACUUUUUAAAACGUUUAGAGGGGAAUCGUGUAAUAUUGAAGACGUCGUCUUUGGGGAAACUUUUUAAAGAACUGUUUUAGAAAUCAACAAAAAGGAUUUAAAAAAAAAAGGAAAAACUUGAAAGACUUGAAUUUUUUUGGAAGGAUGUGACAAUUCAGGACACGAACUCGCUUCGACUCGGGAUGGCCAGCUUUUUCUUGGAGUGCCUGUCCGUUUCCAGGGGCAACGGCUGCCACAAACCGCAGCCUCAGUCCGCUGGGAGAAUUUUCCUGUCAUUCCUUAGUGUGUAGGGACCAAAUGACCAAACCUUUUUAUCACAAACGAAAAAAAAGACUCCUGUAACAUAAUCGGACCACUGCAUCUCUUGCUGUGCCAAUCGGUUUAAGAGUUGUAUUUAAAAAAGAUAUAUGUAUAAAAAGAACAUAUAUGACUAUAUGCAUACAUAUAGAUUGCUGAUAUGCUUUUGAAUACUGGCAGAACUAUUUCCGAUGGCCCGUCGAGGCCGUUCACUUCGCUAGUUUACAAUUACUGCUCAAAAUGAAGAAUAUUUAUUUUUAUUUCACUUCUAGUUUUUUCUCUGUGGUGAGAGAAAGGGUGCAUGGGAAGGGUUGUUCCAUAACGCAGCCUUACCUUUUUCUAUUUUAAUGUCCUGACCUUGUAGUAAAGAGACCAUCUUAAGGUUUGAGAUAAACGAUCCUGUUUAUAUAUGUAACGUACAUACGAUAUGUAUAUGUAUAGCAGACAUUCAAGCAAUAUGUAUUCAUAUGUAUGCGCCUGUAUAGCAUAUAUAUGGAUACAUACGAUAUUAAUCCCAAAACCCAUAUAUGUAUUUAUAUGCAUAUAUUUUCUAUGUGUGUAUAUAUAGAAACCGGCUAUUCAAUAUGUAGAGCUGUAGAUUUUUUGUAGAUUUACGAACCCCUGCUCUGCUUUGGACUAUGACCGACUCUCAAAUCGGCAGCUGCAGUGUGCAGGCAUUCCUUUCGAUCCGAUAUAACAACCUGUAUCCGCAAACACACACACGCGCGCACUCAAGGGUACGAAAACUUUGUGUACAUAUGUGUAUAUGCUAAUUACAAAUGCAAAAAGGCCUCUCGUUCGACGAGAGUUUUAAGAGAAUCAGGAUUAUAGUACAGAAAACGUUACGGACAUAUCUGCCUCCCCACCCUGCGCCGUACUCUGUAAACAUUCGCAAACGCGUGCGAUACAAGAACAAACACAAGCGAUAUCCACGCAAAAACUGCACGCUGGCUUUAAAUACGGACAACUGGCGGUUUUGUAAACGCGUCUGCGUCACGACACCGCUAGCAGCCAUUCAUUUUAUUGAUGUCAAAACAACGGAAAAACUCAACUUCUUACAAAAAAAAGCAAAACGAACAAAAAGACGACUAUUACAGCUAACAGCGAAGCCUUCAAAUAUUUGUCAACAUAAAAAUCCGUGCAGCUGCUUGACACAGCCAUCCAGCGAAACACCCACUCGACGUCUGCUUACAAGUUACAAUGAAGUGGGCAUUAUAUAUGUUUUGCACAAUUAUCGUCCGAAUCCGCAUCACAUUGCGUCGUUUACACAUGCUGCUUCAGAGUUCGAAGGUUUUUUCGAUCGCGUAAUGGGGAUGAAUUUGUAGUUAUUGCAAAUUAUUGAGUAAAGACUUACGAUUUUUUUAUUUUCGGUUUUGCUUUGCAACUGCUCUUAUUAUACAAGAUGGCACUAUUGUAAAUAUAUACGGUAAUAAUUCCAGAGCUGGUUGGUUCACUUUACUGUAUGGUAAGGUGUGUAUGUACAGUAGUCAGUUCACUUCAUUUCAAAGGGGAAUUUAGUUCUUGUUUUCAGACUGAUUCCGAGAAUGUUGCAUUUUGCCUUCUAGAUCUUUCCGACACAUGGUCAUUCAGGUAUUCCAGGAUCUUUUGCAAGGAUAUGCAUUCCGUCUGUUUAUAAAGCCCAUCGUCACGAGCAUUCGAACAUCCGUCUAUCUCUCUUUCUCCGUUUCAGCUGCAACUGUUUACAUAGCAAUCUGGAAAUGUACGGUUGACGAACCAAGACAGAACAGAAGUUUUAUUAUAAAUAUAUAUAAGUAUAUACAUGAACUACUGAAUAUACUGUAAAUGUUUUUUGCUCUUUUUUGCUCUGUUCCUCUGUAUAUAGGUUUGCAUAUUUUAUAGUCUUUUACUUCUAUCUAGAAGGACUGGAUGACUAAGAAAAUUUAAAGAUGAAAAAUGAAAAAGCAGGUAAAAUCUAGUCCUUGGAGAUGCAGUAUGGUCGUAAGGUACCAAUAGGUAUUUAAAUACAGAACGUGAGAUGAGCCAAUCAGAUUUGAACGUUUUAAUGAACUGCUGCCAACAUGCAUAUUUAUUUGAGUAUUUAUUAUUUAAAUAUGUCAUUUAUUUUAUUUUUCAUACGAAUACGCUGUAUUUCUUUCAUAAUUUUGUUUACGUUUGUACCCACACCUAAACAUGCGCUUUUUUUAAAAGUAUAUUUUUACAUGUUUUGUAUUGUAUUGAGACACAAUGGAACAAUGCAACUGGCAGAAUCAGGGUAAUCCUUUAUGGAGAAUGAAGUACUCAUGAAGGACCGGUGUCAAAACUUUUGCUGCACCUGUUUGAACUGUCUGCUUUCUUUCCGUUCUGCGGUUCCAUGUGUCAGAAAUCCGAUCUGCUUCAUUGCUUUUUUCCAGACAGAAAAAAGACGAAUCUGCACUAAUCCAUCAAACUCUCAGCAACUCUUUUAUUGCCGUUCUUCAUUAGCUCUAACUGUCUUCAACUCUUUUGAAAUCAAGAACAAUAGUGUGAACUUACAGAAACAAUGCAGUAAAGUGGAAAAAGGAGGAUCAUUAAAAGAAGCUUUUUCAGACAUUUUUGAGCACACUUGAGAGUGCUGGGUGGUAUGUGUGGAUUUUUGCCAAGUCUAUAUCACAAUGAGAUUGAGCUGUAUUAGCAGUCAGGGUGCUGUCGCGGCCCCUGCCCUGUUUUCCUCAACUCCACGUUUCUCUGGUCCCUAGACUCUCUUUUUGUAAUUUUACUGAAUGACGCAUUUCUGCUUAAGCCCAAUAAUAAAGCACAGUGUAGAAUAAACCAG